AAGGAAUAGAGAAUUGUUUUCUUUUGGGUGGAAUAUUACGAAUUACAAGUUAAUAAAUGCUGUGGUGUUAUUAAAGAUCUCUGUAAGAUGGAGGGCGAAGAGAAAGUUUUUUCGUCUAAUAUAAUACGUAUUAAUAAGAAAUUAAAAAACAACCUCUAUGACGUAAUAAAUAUCCAUCCGGCAAAACCAGUUAAUGAAAAUAUACAUAAAUAUGAAACCUGUGAUUUUACACCUAGGACCGACAAAUAUUAUGUACCAAAGAAAAAGAAUGGUGUAAAAGUUAGGACCGUGAGAGACCUACGUAACACCUUCGAAAAAGACAUCUUUAGUUACCUACCGGAAGAUUUGGAGAAACAGAGGAAUCUUUUAAUGCGCAGAAUACGAUCAGGUUCUUUGAAAGAAGAACAAACAAAACAAAUAGCAAAAAGUAUUCUUGAAAGUGAUAGUCCUGUAACCAGACAGAUUUGGCAAAUGGUUAUGAAUAUUAAUCCUCUGGAUUGUAAAUAUACAACCCAAUUCGUGCUUUGUAAUGGAAAACAUAUUCAAAUUAAUGGUAGUAAAGGUGGAAAAAGCAAAUUUAUAACUAAUUAUGACAUCGGUAAAGUCAAGAAACCAACUUUCAAUAAACGAAUAAACAAACGACCUUUUAUUCCCAAAAAAAGGGGCUUAUUACAUAAUUCAUUAAAUGUUAAAUUUAAGCCAGGACCUCUAACAAGAAAGUUGCUUCUGGAUACAUCAAAUCAAAGGUAUCAGUUUGGCGAUAUGGAUUUGAUUAAUUUACCUAAGGUGGGCCUUGAUGUACAGCCAACGAUCGGUAAAGCUUUGGCGCCUGCGAUAAGUACAUACAUCCAGAACACUUUUCUCUAUGAUGGGGAUGGGACAAUAACGAAAACAUGGGCUGAUUUUUCAGUAUCGGUGUUAGGAACUUUAAAAAAUAGAGUACCUGCUCAAAUAAAUGAAGACUGCGUAACGUUUGAUGUAAAUUAUAAAUGUCAUCAGCGAAGAGUAUUAAUGCGUCAUGAUAGUGAUAAAACUAACAUUUUAUAUGAUGUUUCUUCAUCAGUUGAUCGGAGAACAGAAGAAGAGUCAACAAUACUAUCGGAGGUAAAAAAUAUUAUGAAAGAUAUUUUAGAUUCAGUAGAAAUAAGUUUGAGCCAAGACAACAUGUAUUUUGCAGAAGAUGAUCCAAGGGACCAUUACAAUGACACAGAAACAGAUUCCCCUGUACAAUUAAAGAGUAUUAGUUCUAAAAACAAACCAAAGCGAAAAUGUAAUGAAUUGAAUAGGUUAGAUGUAACUGUUAUAACAAUACCUAAGACUUCUGAACCAAGCAAGAGUGAUAAAUGUUUUAAAGCGUUUUGUACUUUAGGAUGUGUUUGUGAGUCCAUCAGAUGUUCCUUUAAUUUAAAGAGACAUUGUGGCCGAUUGGAAUGUAUGUUUAACUGCAAAUGUGAUUUCUCUAAGUAUAAUACGAUGGAUACUAUCGAUAAUGACUGUUCUGAUAUUCUUCCUGGCUUAGUGAAUUUGGAUAAGAAACUAGCACUCAACUUAGCGAAGGAGGAACAGAAGUUCCAUCAAACCGUUAUUUUUACUGACGAUAAAAGUAUACAUCUAAAAUCAACCAAACGAAAUUGGAAAACAUCAAAGAAAUACGCUGAGUUUUAUAGUAAAAUGCGCUUGAAGGCAGAAAUUGAUGGAAGUCGCAUGUUAUCAAUACAAUGUGUCAAUUUAGAUUGCAAAGAUGUGGAACCCUGGUGUAUGGUUCACAAUUUAUACAAGUGUUUUUGCAAAGGCAAAUUCACAGAAACUUCUAUUCAUAAUAAGGAGGAUAUAAAAGUAUCUAAUAAUGAAUGUGAAAAUACACUUCCGGCAACGAAUACAAGUUGUAAUGAUGGGAAUGUAGAAAUCAAGGAUCUCGAAGUUGAAAGUAAUGACUUCCUUAAAGAGCCCGAAAAUAUUAAACCUAGUGAUUUUGGUAAUAUAUCUGAGACUGCCAUUACAUUGGAUAAUAACAGUUGUUUGGAUGUUACAUCUCAUGCAAGUUACUCUUGUGCUCGUGUGGUAUCUUACACAGGUCGAAAAUAUGAUGACUCUUACUAUAGCAAUGCGAAUCAAAAAAUAAAAGAUAUGGAAAAGAAUGAUAAAAAAUUACAAAAAAGACUGACGGCGCUGCUGAGUCAAGACGAUAAAAGUAAAUCAUCACAGGACAAGCCCGACAAGAGUCAAGUAUCAAGCAUCAGUGCCAACGAACAAAAGACAACUGCCACUCCUGAUGUUGUAAUAAUUCCGGAUAAUACUGCAAAUAGCACGUCUAGUUUGAAUGAAUUAUUGAGUAAUGUCAUAGAAAACACUGUCAAAGAAUCAUCAGAGACAUCAGAUGUUUUAAACAAGCCUCGUGAGAAAAGAUUGCUCACUAAGUCAAAAUUGGUGGCUUGGUUAGAAUCUAGCUAUAAACAAUACAAGCAAACACCUCAAGAAAAUUUAGUAAAAUUAUCCUUGGAGCCCCCUAAGAACGGUAAAGUUGCUUUGUAUUCCUGGGAGUUCAUAUUGAGCAGAUAUCGGGAGAAAAAGAACUACUUUCUUUUAACUAAACAAAAACCAUUUCGUAUUUUUAUGGCCGUUGAUAUAAAAAACGUUUUCUUUGAAAAUUGUAUGAACAUAAGUAAUAUACCUUUAUCUGAAAUUGAAGACUAUCCAAUAACAGUGAGGAAUUUGUUGACUAAUGCUAGAAAUUUAAAAGACAAUUUUUGCAUAUUGCAUGGUUUAUCAUUUUGUUGGGAAUUAGUGGGUUCGGUUGCAAAAGUGAAAGACAAACCUGACAGUAAGAAGGAAAACGAUAAAAACGCUGAAACCAAUGAAACUUCACCUUUUGUAUCUGUCAAUAAAGACACAGAAUCACAAACUAAUUCAGGUUUUAAUGCUGAUUUGGAUAAUAUACCAAUCGUAGACUUAGAUGACAGUGACACUGAUAGUAACCACAGUGUAAGUACUGGCGAAGAUUUUCAAAAUCCACUACAAGAGGAUAACAAAGAUUUAUCUAAAUGGUUCCUUAUGACUAUUGUGAAUGAUUUUACUGAAAUAAGAUUUUACAAUAAAGGAUUUUUUGUCAAAUAUGACAGCGUUAUUAAGGCCAUAAACGUGGCACGAAUAUCAGGAAAAACAGUCAGGCUGUCAUCACAGAGAUGUGUCACUGCACAAAGCGAUCCACAGUUUGGCAUAUACGCUAUACCGAGCAAAGAAAAAUACUGUGUUUUUAUUGGACCAUAUGAAAAUAAUGAAAGGUUGGGCAUAGAAACUGUUAAAAAUUCCGUUGUUAGGAAAAUAAAAGAUAGCACCAGAGGUAUAUGGAUAACAACAAACAAACUGGAUAAUAUAAACGUCGUAGAUAACCCUUUGUUAUAUUUACCGUCACAUAAUCUGGACUUAGAUAACAUGGUGACAUUAGAAAGUGAUGGCGCCCUCAGUACUCAAAAUGACUAUGAAAACGUCUCUGUUGUUGAAAUUAAUUCUGAAACGAUAAAAAACAAAAUGCCCGUUAAAAAAAUUAUUAAACCGAUAAAAAUAAAAAAAGGUGGCUUCUAUCGUCUGGGUUCGAACAACGUUUUGAAAAAUUCUGAACAACUCACAAAACAAGUUAAAAAGAAUGUCAAGCCCAUUGUAUUGAACAAAUCUUUAAUAAUAAGCCCUAAUAAGACACUAAGUUGUUUAUUAUCACGUUCACCUAUCAGUGCUAAAACGGAAGAGUUCAAGUUAUUUUCUGAAAAAAUUAAAGAAUUAAAUAAAUCUCCUGAAAGCAAACCCAUAGCUGAAAUUGCUCCACAAAUUAAAGAUAACACCAAGAUUAAUACAUCCGAAACCCGCAAGAGAAAGUUUGAAGGUGGAAUGUAUGUGCUGAAACCGGAAGAAAUUAAUUUGAAAUCUUGGGAAAACACUGAGUUAUUUGACAAACCGAAAAGCAGCAAACAGAACGAUCAUGCAGACGGCAUGGACAUAGAAAACUUUAUAUCCAAAUCAGUGAUCUGCGCGGAUGCUGAUGUCUGUAUUAUUUCUGAUGAUGAUGAAGAGGAAUACAAAAGUGAACCGACGGGAUCGUGUAAAAAUGUAUGGAUUGUGUGCAAAAAUAUUGAUAACUUGGGUUGGAUACCAGCGCGAAAGGAUCACAGAAAUAAUUUAAGUUUCGAGAUACCUGGAUUCAAAUACACCGACUACUAUUCGCCAGAAGAAGCAUAUGAAAAGAUAAACCAGGUACUAUCCAGGAAAGUCUAUGUGCCCAUGAACAUAAAUCUGGAAUGGCAUUUCGUAGAAUCAGAAGCUGAAAUAUGGGACAAAAAGAAGCUUUCUGCGGAUGACCUCUGCUCUGAUUUCGUACUGACCAAGAAAGGUUUGUGUCACAGAUAUAAUUUGAUGGGCAAAUUGAAAGGUUUGAAUUCACAACAAGAUUCAACGAGUUCAGAGGAAUGUAAUGAGGAUACAGUUCCUGACAAGAAACCACGUGUACUGAGUGAUACAGAGGAAUCCAGUAGCACUCUGGAGGACGAGGGUACUUUCCUUUUGGAUAAAUUAAUAAAAACGGUUGAAUUAAAAGAAGCAUUGACCAAAGUCAACGAAGAACUCCUUAAGGAUCUGAACGACAAAUUGAUUUCAAACAUCACUGUAGUUAAAGAGGAAACCUAGCUUUAUACUAUUGUUAUAUGUGAUUAUUAAUUAUAUCUUUUUUGGCAGACGGAAUCACUUAAUAAUUUCGAAUUAUAAAAUGAAAACUUCGAAGUAACUGUACAUAGUAAUGAUUCGAUACAUAUUGUAUGAAGCAAUUGUUUAAGUAUUGCUGUCUAUAAAAUGUAGAAAUCUUUGCAAGUCUAUAGGAUGUAAUUUUUAAUAGUUCCCAUGGAAGUGAUUCUUGGUUUCCUUUCGUUUGUUUCCACAGCUGCCGCGGUUCGCUUAAAUGUUAUCUGUGAUAUGAUCUCUUUAUUUUAUCAUUUGAAAUAUUAAUUUCAAUAAUUUUUAUGAAUGUUCAAUAAAAACACAUUCACGUGCGCAUGCGCAUCCCUGAGCCACGCUGUUGGUUUUGAAAUUUGUGAAUCCUCUGAUGGCCCUCGUGAAUGUGUUGUUGUUUUUCAUUUAAUUUUUUUUUUGUUAUAUUUUGUUAAUUAGACUCUAAGAUCUAGAUUAAUUUUAUGCCAUGAACUGAAUAGAAUAGUUCCUUAACUCGUGUCUAACUGCUACAAUAGUGACAUAACACUACCUGAAACUUCCAGUUUUUAUGUGAACUAUUCAUAGGUAAGGAGACAUUGGUUCUGAAAUGUACCCAAAUACUGGUUUGCAUCGUCAAAUUAAACGGAGACAGUUUUCAGUUGUUUUAUUAAUAUUCGUACACACAUUGCUACUGUAUGCGGAGAUUUAUGAAUGUAAAACUAUGAACUGAAUUUGUCAAGUAAUAACAUAACCCCCUAUUUGCUCUCACAUGGCCAUUGAUUCAAAUGUAUAAAUUUGAUUUCAAUUGCGUAGAUUUUGUGCGAGUUUAUUGUCACACUCAUUUCAUUUAAAUUCACUUUGUAAUCCAUUCGUCUUCAGAGAUUAUUCGUUACUUGUAUGAUUUUGUACAGCAUUUUCUACCAAAUUUUGUUAUGAAAAUCGGAUAAAAAUGUAGCAUAGAGGUCCGUUUAAAUAUUUCACACACUGUCCUAAGACCUAUGUCCUAGCUACGUUUUUCAUUACAUUAAAGUAAAUGUUAAAUGUACAAAUUACUUCAACAAUACAAGGUUUCAAAACAGUGUUAUCGUCUUAGUAUUAUAACACUUUCUAAUA